AGAUGAGUAUAGACCCGCCCCAUGAGGGGGAACCAGCCUACGUGGUGUCUGUCUCCUCUGCACCGAGAACAAAUUAAACUCUGACUCUGGAUAUUUCAUUUUUUAAAACUUAGUCCAAAAUGUCAUGUUUACACAAACGUCCCAAAAGGACGAAAUCCGAGGAGCAGGCUUUCCAGGAGCAGAUGAGAAAAGUAGCAUUGGAGAACGGAAAACGCCUAGGUCUCGAGGGAGAUCCUGAUCUACAGUUCCUGCUGGUCGGUGGGCAUCUGGUGAAGAUCCGUUCGAGCUCCUGGAAAAAGGCUCGCUUCUUUAAACUGCAGGAAGACUGUAAAACAUUUUGGCAUGAGUCCCGCAAACUGCUCAGGAGAAACCAAACCUUUUCAAUUGACGACAUCGAUUCAGUGCGCAAGGGGCGCCAGUCUGAGGGUCUCAACAAACACACAGACCCUAGUGUUGAAGACCAAUGCUUCGCCAUCAUCUUCAAGGGCCGCAAAAAGAACCUGGACCUGAUGGCGGCCAGCGAGGCGGAGGCGAAGCAGUGGGUCAGGGGCCUUGAGAAGAUCAUCCACAACAUGAAGAACCUCAAUCGCCAGCAGAAGAGUGAGCACUGGAUCAUAAACUGCAUGAGGAAAGCAGACAAGAAUGACGACAACAAGAUGAACCUGAAGGAGCUGAAGCACUUCCUGAGACAGAUCAACGUUGAAGUUGACGACACGUACGCAGAGGAAAUAUUCAAGAACUGUGACAAGUCCAAUUCAGGUUCUUUGGAAGGCCCUGAGAUAAAACACUUCUAUGACCUGCUGACUCAACGGGAGGAGAUAGACGUGAUUUAUGGGAAUUAUGCUGAAACAGAUGGUCAGUUGAGCACGAGAGACCUGCUGAACUUCCUGUUGAAUGAGCAGAGAGAGCAGGCGACCAUGGAGGAUGCGCUCAAGCUGAUUGAAAAGUAUGAAGUGGAUGAAACAGCAAAGCAGAACAAUCGCAUGACCAAAGAUGGCUUCUUGAUGUACCUUCAACACGAAGACGGCUCCAUCCUUAACCCAGCCCACAGUAAAGUCUAUCAGGACAUGAGCCAGCCGCUCAACCAUUACUACAUCUCCUCCUCACACAACACGUAUCUGAUGGAGGAUCAGCUCAAAGGGCCCAGCAGCACGGAGGCAUACAUAAAAGCACUGAUGAAGAGCUGUCGUUGCGUGGAGCUGGACUGUUGGGAUGGAGCAAAUGGUGAGCCUGUCAUUUACCACGGCUAUACGCUAACAUCCAAAGUGCUCUUCAGAGACGUCAUCAAGGCUAUCAAAGAAUACGCCUUCAAAACGUCAGACUAUCCGGUAAUCCUGUCCCUGGAGAACCACUGCACCGUGGAACAACAGAAGCUCAUGGCCCAUUACUUGAUCUCCAUCUUGGGUGAUGGUUUGGUCACCAAGCCUCUGGGCAACACCAUGCCCAGCAACUUCCCCUCACCUGAGGAGCUGAAGGGCAAAUUCCUUAUCAAGGGAAAGCGACUGAACAAACUGGACGCUGCCUUCAACAAUAACAGCACCAUAGAGGACGAUACUGUGUCUGAGGAGGAUGAGGCUGCAGACUGUAAGGAGAACGGACAAAAAGCCAAACCAAAGAAAUCAAAAAUCAAACUGGCCAAAGCACUCUCAGAUAUUGUGAUCUACUGCAAGAGCGUCCAUUUUAAUGGCUUUGAACAUGCCAAGGAGAACCAGGAAUUUUACGAGAUGUCGUCCUUCAAGGAGAGUAAAGCUUUUAACCUGGCAGACACUUCAGCUACUGCCUACAUCCACCACAACAUGGACAAACUCAGCAGAAUCUACCCAGCAGGCUCCAGGACUGACUCCUCCAACUACAACCCGGUGCCCAUGUGGAACGUCGGCUGCCAGAUAGUGGCAUUGAACUUCCAGACUCCCUCCAAGGAGAUGCACAUAAACCAGGGUCGCUUUCUGCCAAAUGGUUUCUGUGGCUACAUCCUGAAACCUGAGUUUCAGAGAAGUCUGUCCUCUCAGUUUGAUCCCAGCGCACUCACUAAAGGGCCAUGGUUACAGAGGAAGAUAUUACAUAUUAUGGUGAUCUCAGCUCAGCAGUUACCAAAGCUCAACAAGGACAAACACAAUUCCAUCGUUGACCCUCUGGUGAAAGUGGAGAUCUACGGAGUCCCAGCAGACAACGCCAGCAAAGAGACACACUACAUUGAAAACAAUGGGUUUAACCCCAUGUGGAAUGAGAGAUUCCAGUUCGACAUCCAUGUUCCUGAACUGGCCAUGGUGCGAUUUCAGGUGGAAGAUUAUGACUCAACAUCCCAGAAUGAUCUUAUCGGGCAGUACUGUCUGCCAGUAACCAGUGUACAGAGUGGAUAUCGCCAUGUCCCGCUGCUCACCAAGAGAGGAGACGUCAUCUGCUCAGCCGGACUCUUUGUGCAUGUCAUGCUCAUGGAUGCUGAGUAGGCAUCAGUUUGUGAAAGCCCUCAGUGACGUUUUAGAGAGAUCCUAAAGAAUCUACUCCAUUUUAAAUCUAAAUAAUAUCAAUGUCUAAAACAUUUUUUAUGGAAAAAACAUUAGUCUUAAGUUUACCUCUGAGAUUGACUCACUGUUGUCUGUGUAACACUUUUCUGUCGUUAUAUAAUUUUAGAUGAAAUGUUUUAUUGAAAGCUCCUGUUGGCUAACAAAGACAGAGGGAAAAUGAUAGAGGGGUUAUUUAAAGAAUCACUGAACUGGAUGUGCCUUAUUUGAAACAACUACAACUACAGCCUGGUGGUUAUAUGCCUCCAUGAGGUAUACAGUUAGAGCCUUGGUUCCAAACCUGGGGUCUGGGACCCCCUUGGGGGGCGCCAGAGAUUUCAGGGGGGGCACAAUGGCCUCUCUGCUCUGAGAUUUUUAAAAUUAGGAUCUCUCAAACUGCCUAAAAUCAUGAUAAAACCCAUAUGAAUAAUUCAUACUAAGGUCUUUUCUAAUAACACUUGAGGUCUGGGCUAUUGUGUUUGGCUUUAAACAAUGAACACAAGUUUAAGUUUAUUUGUAUUUUUGACAGCAAUAUGUCACUUUUUUCCUGGGGGGCGCAGCUCUUCUUAGAUAUGUGAAGAAGGGGGCUCAAUGGAAAAAAGGUUGGGAACCACUGAGUUAGAGGACAGUGAAAUUACUACAAAGUUUGAAAAAGUCCUGCAGAAUGUUUUUGAAAUAUCAAGUGGAUAUUUGUUUGAAGAAAAUCUCUUGAAGCAUUCUUUAGGAAUCCUUAAUCCCAGAUGGAUGGACUUAUGGUCAGACAGACAUUCAGAAGAUCUAAAGCUUUUGUCAGCACAAAGCCUUAAAAAAAUAAAAUAACACUAUGAAUAGUAAAGUGAUUUCAUAUUGAGGACUAAUAACUGCUUAUCCUGGGCAGGAUUCUUAUGUUUAAGAUUUCCCUUCAAGAUAAAAACUCAUGGAAAGUAAAAAGAACCUCUCAUUUGUCUCGAAUAUAAAACAAGCCUUCUUUUAAGACCUCUUAAUUUUCAUUAUGAUGAUCUCAGUGUAAACUAAAAAUGCAAAAGUUUGGCUCAGAGAACGACAUUUAUUUCUGUGUACAUGUGUUCUGAUGUCAAUUUGUGCAAUGUUUUGAAUGUUUUUGUUUUUUUAAACAGACUUUGAUGCUUUUUAACUUGCCUAUCGAUAUGAAAGAAUGCAUCCGAUGCAAAACACAUUUACCUUUUAACACACUUUAUCAAGUAUAGUGUGACAGACGAAUUGUGAUAUUUGUUUUCAUACUUUCAUUUCAUUUCAUUUAAUGUAUUCCCAGGGUUUUCCAUGACAAACCAGUCAGUGUCUUAGCUUUCUGUAUGGCAUGUCACUUUUGCAUACAUUUGCACUAGCUCUCAAAUAAAACCAGCAGAGUCUUGUAUAA